AUGAAUGCCCUGCUGCAAGUCAGAGAUACGUUGACCGAGCUCAACAUUGGGACUUCCAACGGUAGCGUGGACGGAUGGCCUGGCACUGGCCCGGUCCCAACCAAGGUCGUGGGUGCAAUGGCGCUUGGCACCUUCGACCAACUCAAGACUCUUGCGAUUCCACUCGCGUUUUUGGUUCGGGUUGAAAGCACCCGAGAUUGCCAAAGGAGCCGAAAUCUUGGGUACCUGUCUCCCAUGCAAUCUCGAAACGUUGGCGCCGGGAGGGAGAUCUAUUGGUGGGCUAUGGCGAUGUAUACGAUCACUGGCCGGGGAUGUCCUGGAACCAGAGAGCCCUCAUGCGCAUCAUUAUUCGUUGGCUGUCAACAGUGUCAGAAACCCAACCAAAAUUUCGAAAGCUUCUCCUCGAUUUGGGGCACUCCGAAACAUCGGAAGAUCUUCUCUUCGAUGAUGCUUGAUCCGAGUCAAUACAGAUGGGAUGGGAGCUCAAGAGCUUGGCUAGUCGACAAGGUAUUGACGCCAAGUUUGUCUAUGUCGAUAGAGAUGCAUACGAAUUCGUGCAUGAUACUUGGGCUGAUGAGGAAGAUGGACACUUCGUUUCAGUUUCAGGAUCCGAUACCGAGAGCGAACUGUGAAGACUUUGAACCGAAUAUCGGCUCAGGAGUAGGGGUGAAGUGUAACGGGGAGGUGGCUGAUCCGUCUACAUUGGAGAGGAUCAUAUCGCGGCUUGUUGAUACGGGUGGGACGUGGACAAGAAGGGCGACGGAGAAUGGGGGGCAAUGA